GUUUAGGCUGCCAGCGUCUCUUAUGAAGGACCUCUUCGUUAACUACUAACAGUUAAUCCAUUGCACUGCAACACAGACGAACCACAACCACCUCAUAAUCAUAGUAUUGGCGAAGGUCGGUAUUCACAUUUCCUAGGCUGAAUCUCAGUAGCACCAAUUUAAGGAAUUGCUGGAUCUGACUGCUUUCGGUUGACGGCUCGACGAAAGUACGUAGGUAUUCAACCACCAGCUGCACGGGUUUGAAACACCUCACUAUGCCAAUCAAGUGCAUCUGCGCAAGGUUCCUAGUCUCACGCGACCCCCAUCCGCCAGCCAAGUUGGAGCGUCGGGCCAGACCCGAGCCCAAGGGACGGCGACAGCGACCACCGACCCUGGCGCGCGACUCCACCGAGGAGCUGCGGCACAAGGCGCGCAAUACGACUCGCGCCCACCUGCGGGAACUCCAUCGCAGGGUCCAAGCUUCACCUUCAGCUGCUUUCUCCGACUCUGAUGCCAGAGAACUUGGGAUCGAGUGCGUCGAGCUCCCUCUCCAGCCUGAUGGACUCUUGCCAAACACAGGAGAAGCCGUGUACUUCCAGCCUUGGCCUAUGAGGCGCCUCGAGGCUCACCCUGUUGACAUGACUGACCCAACCACUCGUGACUCCGCGAGAGUCAAAGAGAAGCUUUGGGCGCGCCUCGAUCGUAAGAGGGCUGAUCAGGAUGGAUUUCUAAGCGCCGUCUUUGCAGAUGAAUUCCUCGAAUACCUGCGGGUGGGUCCGCUGGGGCGUGAUACUUUGGAGCAAUUCUCUCUCUGGACUGAAGGGAACCUGGAAAAUGGCAUCAUCAGAUCGCGAUACAUGAAUUUUAGCUCCUCAGCAGAUCCCGACGCUGGGCCAGUAGCUGCUUCAACAGCAGAUUUCAAGUUCGAGGAGGUGUGGUGUGCCGGUAGGGAACAUCCUCAUAUCAGCCUCAUUGUGACACAUAAGGUAGCUCCGGCUGAGAAGCUACUUCGAACCGAAGUCCUUGCCCUGGUUGGCAUAAUGAGGACGCGGCUGAGUCGAGCUGCCUUGAAGGAGCAUACAAUUAUCCCGAUCAACAUGAUAUCCUGCAUGAGACAGCGUAAGGCAAGGAUUCUGCAGGCACACUUCGACGGCGAAGACCUGGUGAUCCGUAAGAGCGGCCUCUACAACUUCGCCACGCGAGAACUCCGUGAGAAGAAUAUUCCAUUAUUCUUGCUCUACAUGGCAAGCCGGCCUACUGGAAAUACUAAGGCUUAUAAGAGACGAAUUCGGGAAGUAUAGUUACGAGUAUGUGAGAAUAG